UGGUCCGGUAAGAAAAGAGGAGAGGAAAGUUUUUAGCAACAACAUAACAAGUAACUAGUCUUUCAAGUAGCUAGCUGUUUGUAGAAAGUCUGAUUUAGGUAUAGCCAUUGGUUUUCGGUCUACAUGGGACUGUGAAAUUCGUGUAGUUUAUCAGCUACCAUAACUAACCGUUGACAGAUAGCUAGCUAGCCUAGUACCAUAGAUGGUAAAAACACAGAACUAGCUACAGCAGAGAUGGUAUCAAUCAACCCAGUGGACUCUGAUCCGGUACUCGGGAUCAACGUUGUGGUGAAGGAUGAAGAGGGAGAGGUAGUGGAUUAUUUAGCUGAACCAAGGCUGUCCUGGUGUGUGAAAGAGGAACAAGAAGAGGUACCGUGUCACCUAGGAGAAGUCGGUGGCUGUACAGACCAGGCUAUAGACCCUUCAGAAUCCCUCCAGGAGAAUCAGCAGGGUCACACCACUGAAACCAACUACCCUUGCUUAGCCUGUGGGAAGUAUUUCUACAACUCAUCAACCCUGCGGAGACACAUGCGUACUCACACAGGAGAGAGGCCGUAUCACUGCUCUGAGUGUGGGCGGAGCUUCAGUCACUCUGGCAACCUGAGGAGUCACCAGGUGAUCCACACAGGAGAGAGACCGUACCACUGUCUGGUCUGUGGCAAGAGCUUCAGUCAGCCAGGAGGCCUGGCCAAGCACCAGAGAACACACACAGGAGAGAAGCCAUUCCAUUGCACUUUCACAGAGUGCGGCAAGAGUUUCUCCAAGCUAGAACACCUACAGAUACACCACAGGACUCACACAGGAGAGAAGCCGUACCCCUGCUCCGCCUCUGACUGUGGAAGGAGAUUCUCCAACUCAGGCCAGCUGAUCCAACACAUGCGUACUCACACAGGAGAGAGGCCGUACCACUGUUCAGAGUGUCUGAAGACCUUCUCCCACCCAGGAGCUCUGAAGGACCACCAGAGGAUUCACUCAGGAGAGAGACCCUACGUCUGCACUGUCUCGGCCUGCGGUAAGACGUUUAUAAACUCUGGGGCUCUGAAAAAGCACAGCCAGACCCACACAGGGGAAAAACCUCACUGCUGCUCUGACUGUGGGAGAGGCUUCUCCCAGCUGGCUCACCUCCAGGCUCAUCAGAGGACUCACACAGGGGAAAGACCCUAUCAUUGCUCCCUUUGUUGGAAGAGCUUUAUUCAACAAGGGCAUCUGGACAGGCAUAGACGCAUCCACCUAGCAGCGGACACACCUGCAGAUCAGUUAUCCCCUAGCGUCAACCCAGAUCAGCACAUUAGACCGAUAGAUGAUUCACCUGAGGUCUUUGAUGAAGAGACUGUGCCAGAACAACCUGUACAUCCUGAAUUAAUGAGUGACCUUGAAUGAUUGGUUUGAUUGCAUAAUUCCAGACUGUGUCCAUUUUUACACUGUUUUUGCUUGUAUCUCACUGCUGCAUUAAACCAUUGGUGUUAUUAUUCUGUCAAAUA